AUGCUUAAUUACCCUCCUUUAAACGAUAAUGUGGCUGUUAUAUCUGAAAACGAUACCCCAGUUGCUGUUUCUGUCGAAGAAGUGUUGUCUCAUUUACAGCGUAUCGGUUCGGGUAAAUCAAGUGACCCCGAUAAUCUACCGAAUUGGGUGUUGAAAUCGUUUGCAGAUUUACUUGCCGAACCUGUUACAGUGAUAUUGAAUGCGUCUUUAGCUUUCCGGGAGGAACGGCUAUACCCGCGGUGUGGAAGGUAGCAAACGUAUGUCCCAUUCCCAAAAAUAAGAUUGUAUUCGACGUUAAUAAAGAUCUGCGGGCUAUAUCACUCACAUCAUCAUCGUGCAAAAUCGCUGAGGAAAUUGUCAUCUUAUAUGAUCUAAAGUCUUCAAUAAUGUCAUGUAUAGAUCCCAAUCAAUAUGGUUUCAUUCCUGGCUCCUGUACUACAUUGGCCGUAAUAUUCUUAAUUCAUCGUUGGACAGAAACUGUGGAUGCGAGGGGCGGAACCGUACGAGCGCUGCUUACGGAUUAUCGGAAGGCAUUUGA